GAGGUAAAUGGCUGAUGAAACUUACAAUGUUAUACAAGUUUGCCAGAAAGGAUUCAAAGCAUAUUUAAUUGGAGGUUUUGGAGCCGAUAUCAAUGAAGUUGAAGAUGCAGCGUGGGAGAUAUGUAAAAAGUUACACAACUUUUCAGAAAGAAAAAGAAUUCAUCAUUACAGGGACGUUGAGUCAAUUGUAGACACUGCAGGCAGUUUGACAGAAGUACCCGCGUUAAUUGUGUUAAAGAUUCACAAAAUUCUUUUCCAUAUGCCUCACUGUAAAAAUGGAAUAACUCGCAUUAUUUUUGCACACAGUCAUGGAGCUAAAAUUGUUAGAACGGCAAUUGGUGAAAAUUCACUUUAUCACUAUUUUGUCAAACAUCGUCUAAAUGAAAGUGGAGUGGACUUUUCUAAUAAACUCAAUCGAAUUAAAGAUAAUUUAGCAGUCUUCACUCUUGGUGGCAUCGACACAAUUCCAAAAGAAUAUGCUAAGAUAUGUCUUAACCUGAGAUUUAUACAAGAUGUAAAAUCUAAGUUUGGCAACAAGGUGUAUGGAGGAAGCAGUGAAAACUCAGAAAUAAUAAAGUUUCAUAACGGAGAAGUGGAGUCCCAAUCAAGACCUUCUUCUGAGUCAAUAUCGGGUCGACUUGAAAACUUCUUUCAAUUAAAAACAUUGAAAACCGCAUCAACUGAAGGAACAAAACAUUUACUGUUUGAUUAUACGAGAGAUAGUGCUAUAACGAGGUUCAUUUGGAAAACGUUAAGGCUGCAAGGCGAUUCUGUGCCGUGUGGUUGCACAGAGACGACCACAAAAAACGAACCCGAAAAUAUGCACUGGAUUAAAAAACACAAAAAUGAUGAAUGGGUCAAAAUAUGUGAUCCAAUAUAUUCACAAAAGCCGUGA